ACCCCGAGAAGGCGCGAGUUGCUGUACUAAUACGACGUAGAAAGAGCGAGAGUGCGCGUCAGUAGGUUUACCCUGACCUCGGUCAGACAGGCAUAGUUUAAUUUAACCAGGUCCCUGCAAACUCACGGUUCAAUCUAUCUUUGCCCAGUGACACGAUCAAAUCAUUGCUACGUGCUUACGUUUAACCUCACUCUUCCGUCGAAAGAAGGCAAGUUACAACAUUUAUCCGAUAUCGCGCGUUCGUCAAGAUGUUAAGGCUGCUUUUACUAGUGGCCUUGUUCGGGACGUCGACGAUCGCCUAUAACAGCGAUCUGGUGGACCAAGAAUGCCCUGUCGACUGUCAUUGUCAUUAUUUCCGCGUGAACUGGGUGACUGACUGCUCUGAAAGCAAUCUGACCAGUAUCCCUUACGAUGAGCUCAGCCCCAACGUGUACAUUCUGGAUAUGAAUGGUAACAACAUCGCGGAGGUCGACCCGUUUCCGCAUUCGAUCAAGCUGAGGCGGUUACAGAUGGCACAUAAUCGAUUGACCGAGCUCAAACACGAGUCGUUCGCCGGAUUAACUUACCUAUUGGACGCGGACCUUUCAUGGAACGCGAUCACUCACGUCGAUCCCGAGGCGUUCAGGGACAGUCCAGGUCUUAUCACGUUGGACCUUCAGAACAACCCAUUGGAUGAAGUGAAAGGUUACUUUUUAAAUUGUCGCACACUGCUGUAUCUCGACCUGAACUCGUGCGGUAUUCGCCAUCUGAACAUGCAAUUCUUCCACAAUACGACGAACCUGAACAAGCUCGAUCUGUCUUACAAUCCGCUCGGCGGAAUCGAACCCGACCCGUUCGAUCACCUCACCAAUUUGGAGUACCUGAAAUUAAACGGUUGCAACCUGACUCACGUAUCUCCAGACGCGUUCGCUCAUUUGGAGAACCUCCGAGAACUCGAAAUGACCGACAAUGAUCUAGGCAGCAUAAACUGGACGAGCUUGUUGGCGCCCCUGGUUCGAUUAGAGUAUCUGAACAUCAGAAAGUCGCGCAUCACCAAUUUGCCCGGUGACGCUUUCGCGAGGAACUUGUACCUGAGGCAGUUGGUGCUAGCCGAUAACGACCUGGAACAUCUGGACGUUGAGAACACGUUGGGGCAUAAUUUGCACAGUCUUCAGUCUUUAGAUCUAUCUUAUUGUAAUUUGCAAGAUCGCCUAUCGAAAGAGGCCUUUAGGAACUCUAGCAAACUACGUGUGUUGAACUUGAGCGGGAAUCCGAUGUUUGCCAGCGAUUUGACAGUCGUUUUGCGUCAUCUGCCGAAACUCCACAAGCUUUCGUUGAGCAAUUGUAGCCUGCAGCGUUUGCCUAACGCGUUCCAUAUCUUCGAGCAACUAGAAGAGCUAGACAUCUCUCACAAUCCGUUAUCAGACGCUUUCGUUAGUUUACUGAAUCCGCUUGAAUCGUUGGAAUACCUCGACAUGUCUUACUGCGGCCUGGGUUACGUUGGAAACAACACUUUUGCUCAUAUGAACACCUUGAAGAAGCUCGUAUUGUCCGGAAACAAAUUGCACACUCUAGAAGAAGGUUUAUUCGCGAAUCUGACACGAUUGGAGAGUCUAGAAUUGAACAACUGUGAUUUGAAGGCUCCCAUCGAUCCGAAGGUAUUCGGUGACCGUACGAGCACCGAUAUCAUCGAACUUAAACUAAGCGGCAAUCCAUUGGAAGUACCCCAUGAAGAUUCUCUUCUUCCGAUUCAAUUAUCCAAUCUCGAGAUCCUCGAUCUGAGCAACUGUAAUUUGGUGCACCUUAACGAGAAUCUUUUCACGAGGACCAGGAAUCUGACUCAAUUGAACCUAUCCAGUAACAAGGUUUCCGGCACCGAGAACUUGGCCUGCCUGAAGAAGCUGCGCAUGCUGGAACACCUCGAUCUGAGUAACAACAAUCUGACCACCGUCGCACCGCGUAUAUUCAAGUCGAACCCGCGCUUGUUAUCGGUCAAUCUGCUGCACAAUCCGUUCGUAUGCAACUGCUCGAUCGCGGACAUGUGGAUGUGGGCGGUGCAGGUGAAGAACGACCUGCACGUUUUAGUAGGUAGUCAACCGGCGAGCUUCGAAACCGGGGCGACGAAACUGAGGAAGAGCCUCUCUUGCACCUACGACGAGGAAACAUAUCGCAAGAUCGUGGAACAGGCACGCAACAGCGGGGAUCAGCGUCGUCUCAGAAAGGGCGAUCUGACUCCGAUCCGUACCUGGGCGAAAUACGUCCGCGAGUCGACUUGUGGUCGUAGUUCAUGAUACAUAGUGAACAGGUUUCAACAUCCGAUACUGAACGUCUAUUACAACAAGAUGCGCGGCAGGCAGAUGAACGAGCUGUAAACUGUCGCGUAUUUUGUUAUAUCGACGAUGAAGCGUACGCGGACGUACAUCAAGUGUGCAUGUAUGUAAACGUAAACUAAGCGUAUACGCAAUGUGCUACGCGGAGCCGUUCAGUUAUUCAUCGGAAUUCUAUACCAGGUCUACGCGAUAUGAGAAUGUCCCUUUACUUCCAUGUGCAUACGAUUGUAUUUUUUUAGGCGUUCCAAAGAGUAGAAUUAAGAUGCGUUUGUAGUACGCGCGGUGCCAGACGUAAGAAUGUUGAAAUAUUUUUUACGCAAACCCCCUGCAUGUUCGGCCGAAAUUUGAUAUUCCAUACGAGCGUCAUUCUUGCGGAAUCACAGCGGGACACGCCCACAUGGUGAUCGAUCAUUCUUAUGCAGAGAACGGUGAUCAUCUUCGAGAAACUACCCUUUUCUAUUCGAGAAUAAUAUCUAUACAUAUGUAUAUGUAACGUUGAAUGUAACGAUUUCGGUUGGCGGAUAGUACAGUUCGCGUAACGUCGAUUCGAAUGAUUAAUGUAAGGAAGGGUGGUGAAAAAAAUGUUCAUCGAUCGUGGGAACAACGGAAGGUCUUCGGAAUUAUCAAUCAAUCCUCUUCAGGUCUCCUCUGACCGCCAACGGUUUUUCACACCAAUGCGGGAAUUAAUGGUCGAGAAUCGGUUUAAGUCCCCCCGUUGUUCCGACUAUAAUGACGUCGUGUUUUUAAUUAAUCUCGCUCGACGGCUAAAUCAACCCUUAUCUUUUUUUCUUGCAAGAAUCUUCUGAAUGGUAAAAUUGAAUGCGACGGAGGAUGAAAUAAGCGAGGUAUAAAGAAAAAUCGAACGCUCGGUUUCCAAUCAAGAAAGGUCGGUUUUUAAAUCAAUGAAGAGAAGAGUUUCGAAAGUUUAUCUCUCGAAAGAAAUCACAUCUUCUUUUUCAUAGAUUGUCUAAGCACUGAACGUCAUAAUUAACAAUUAAGAACGCACUUCUAUUGCAUUCUUUUAUUUUCACAUUAUUACACACACGUUACGUAAAAGAAUAGGUAUGGACGUCGCCAGAUAUAUGAUACAGUCACGAAAAGUGUUCGAAUUAUUGAGUCUCGGUUGAGAUUGGAGGGAGACUGAAAUAAUUACACUACUCUUCUCACAAUGUAGCGUUCGAUUGAUUGUACGUAGAUAUUCGUAGUUACAUUAACAGGAUCCCAUUUAGUUAUUUUAGUAAUCUAUCAUUUAUGAUUGAAACUGCUAUAGCGAGGUUGUGAUUUCUUUUAGUCAAUUCUGUUGUCUAAUGUAAUAUCGUUUUUACGGUCGAGGACCGAUUGAUAUUUAUAAAAUUCGUUAUUUCUUAUUUAAAUGUUUAUCAAGUGUAAUCGUUAAACGUAUUUAGAUUAUUUUGGCCGUAAUAGUUACGCGUAGCGUCAUGUUUCGCAAGUGUUACUAGUUUUCCGGUUAAGAACGCGCGCCAAGUAAUGUUUAUCAUCUUUUGAAGUUGGACUUCUUUGAUGUUCACCCCCUUUCACGUUACUACCACUGAGUGGAUGUAUACUUAUGUUUUCUGUAACUAAACGCUCCAUCUCCCUGUUUCAACCAGAAAGUGUUCUCUGGCGGUGUCCAUGUAUAGAGACCGGGUCACAAUACUUUGAUCCUCAUUCUCGGGCUGUUCACCCUUAAGGUCGGACAGUAACAAUUUGAUUUUAGUUUACAUACCAAAGAAUUUGUCAAAGGAAGUGUACGAUGUUAGCGCGUGUUUAAUACGAGCUCGGAUAGAAGUGUGUGCGGAUCCAUGAAAGAGGGUGUGGGUAUGUGAACUGAAUUUUCAGUUUCGCUGUCGCUUAAAACGAACACGAUAUGAGUUUACUAUGUUCAUGAAAUGUAUAAGACUGUAUUUAAUAAAGGAAUCGUUUUUCUUGA